AUGUCCCGGCUCGGGGCCGCGCCGGGCUCGCCGACCUUGGCCGAACAAGCAGAGCAAGCGCGGUAUCGCAGCCGGCCCGUCGUGGCAGCGCCCCGCGUCCGCGUGACCACGCGUCUCGCCAAGCUGCUGCGCCUCUUGAUCGCCGUCGUCGGCCUGCUGGCGACGUGGAUGCUCUACACAACCUCGCAACGCACAGAUGCAUUCCGCAGCGCAGCGCAGCGCCAGGCGCAGUACGACAGCAAUCUGCGCGACGCCCACCUGGAUGCACAGCACUGGACCGACGCCUUCGCAGCUUCGGAGGCCCCUGCCACAGCCGCACUGCGUGCCUCGCGCGAAGGCUCGUACAUCGCACCGAUCGCCGCCUACGCGCCCUUCCAGGCCCGCGACACCGAGAAUGGCAAGUCCUGCCUCGAGAUGUGGAUCGCCCGCGGCGAGCUGUGCGCCGGCAUCGACUUUUCUCAGCACCGCAAAAUCGACGGCGUCUGGACUUGGGCCAAUGGAACCGAGGCCCGCCACAAAGCUGCAAGGGCGCUCUACUGGACCGACGGCUCGACGCCGCUCAAGCGUGCGCUACCGGAUGCAGCCACACCGCAGACGGCGGCAGCAAAGGUCACCCGCGACGCGCCACAGCUGCUCGACGAUGGCCUGCCGGAGGCAAACGACGAGACUACGGAGGUGAUCGUCGGCACAGACGACGAGCUGGAGAUCAUUGCUGAGCGGCCGCUCGUGCCCACCGCCGUCGGAGGUGUGGCCCCUGCCGAGGUGGAGGAGAGCGAGCAUAAGGCAUGGACGCGGCCGGUGGGAGAAGUGCUUGUCGAGGGAUACGGCAAUACCGCCAGCCGCUUCGAAGACAACAACGAGCUCCUCUUCUCCCUGCGUUCGGCACAGGCGCAUCUGCGCGAGCACCUCGGCGUGAUGCACAUCCUGACGCCCGACUUUGCCGACGACCAGUGGACUCCAGGCAGCACCCGCUUCACUGCCGAGGACGGCCAACAGCGCAGCGGCCAGCUGCCUCAGUGGCUCAACAUCUCGACACCCGGAGUGGUCACCGACGACGCAGCCCAGGCAGUCUCUCUGGCGCCCGGCACCAAGCUGGCCGUGCACCACAACUGGCAGUCCUUCACGCCGCUGGCUGCCUCGGCACAGGUCGUCACGCGCUCCUCCGGCGCCGACGCGCUGGUGGCCUGGAAGAACACGCACCUGCCGACCUUCAACAGCAUCGCCAUUGAGAUGAUGAUGGCCUUCCAGCCCUCCAUCUCCGAGCACUUCUACUACUCGAACGACGACACAUAUCUCGGCACAGACGUUUCGGCGUCCGACUUCUUCUCGCCGCUGCACGGUCCAAACCUGGUUCUUCGUCGCUCCGAGACUGUCGGUCCUUGGCGUGAGGCGCCACUCAAUCUGGGCUACAAUGCUGGCUUGCACUUUGCCAGCGCCAUGCUCUCGGACCGCUUCGGCACGCGCAAUCGCACGUAUGUGGUGCACACGCAGAAAGUCGUCUCGAAGCCGCUGCUCCUUGAGACGGUCGGCAUGUUUGCCGAGGAGCUCGAGCCGUCGGUGCGCCGCUUCCGAGCCACCGGCCACGACACAAAUGUCUGGUUCCUGCUCUAUCACACCAUCAUGGAGCGACACCGCGAGGCCAUGCUGUGGUCCUUCUUCACUCUUCGCUCUGACAGCAACUUGGACGGUGUGCUCGACGAGGAGGAGGUCUCGUCGAUGACUGAGGACCUCGGCAUCCGCCCGGAGCACUGGGAUGCCGACGGCGAGGUUCCCAUCGAGUUCCCCCUGCGUCAAGCGCCCUUCUCCGGCGAGAACUUCCUGCACGCAGGUCUCGCGCCUCCGCAAGCCGCUGUCAUCCGCCACACUAGUGCAAACGGUUACGUGGGCGGGAGCUACGAGGGCGUGCACUCUUCGAGCUGGCCGCGUUUCCUGCGAAACAAGGGUGCUGGGCGCGUUGCCUGCAAGCUCAGCCAGGAGUGCAUCGCCGCCGUGCGGCCCGGAUCGAGCACAGAGGAUGUCUUCAAGCUCUUCGCAUUUGAGAAGCCAGCCUGCGGCGACUGCGCAAUCAUCCGCCUCCUGGCGGCCUCGAGCGCGCGGGGCCUGGAAGCCUUCUUGCCGGAGGAGGGAGAAGUAUUCCCUUCUCGGUCGGAAGGCGAGUCCAGCACGAAGGCAAGCACACCUCGCCUGCCAGUCACGUCGGACUGGCGCGCGACGUACUUUAGUGUCGCGAGCGUCAUGGGCCGUACCGGCUGGCACGGCCUUUCGCAGCGCACCUUUGCAAUGCGGCUGCUUCUGCGCUACCAGUACAGCAUCAGCGGGAUGUCGCGCAUCUUCGGACGAGUGCAAGACCAGACAAGCGCCGGCGCGCUGGUCGAAGAGCUCAGCACCUCGGCCGUCACCCUGAUCUGCAUCAAUGAUGAGAUCGCAGACUCCGACAGCGGCACCCGGUCGGAGACGAUGGCGUACAUCAAGCGCUUCUACCUCUCUAUGUGGCCGCUGCCACUCUCGUUUGAGCGCACAGACUCUGCUUGAGCAGCUUGACGCGUUGCUCCGUUACUUCUCUACACCCUGCCCCUGUUACCUCACCGUUGCCCUGCCUUGGCCU